AUUACUUUGAAAUAUUGGGUGCUAUAGCAACGGCUUUUAACAGGACAAAAAGAGACAGUGAUGUUUUUACUGAAAGCAAUGAAUAUGCCGGACCCACAGGUAUGUUGCUAUUUAUAAUAGUCAACACCGCGAUAAUUUAAAAUGAAUGACGAAAUACCAAAAAAUUACCUAUACAUUUAUUAAGCAGGCUUGAGUUACUUAAAGAGAAGAAAGCCAACAGAUGGUAGUGGUGAUACUAGCAGUUCAGAUAAGAGGCUGCCAGUGUAGAUUAUACAAUUGUAAAUAUUGAGUUACAAAUGAGCUGACCUAAAUACUUGAUAGAACUUUCAUCGCUUCCGUUAUUGACUAGUGAAAAAUCAAAUGAGUCUCUGAUCUCGGAGCACGAUCCUGUGGAGCAGCUACUUGAGAGUAUAUCGCGACCCAUGGGAUCCAUCCUUGGCUCAUAUUCUUGGGAAUUUGUGGCUAGUGAAGGAGGCCUUGAAAUUGGUAUUGCGUUUGGCAAUUACUACAGGAGAUGCUGUGAAUCGAGCUUCAAGGCCAAAUAUCCAGAAGAUGCUUUGGCCUUAAAUGCGACACUAUUGAUAAGGGAUAGCCCAUCUCCGCUUCAGCUCGAAUGCUUCGGGGAGGGAUUUUUCGAUCUAAUGAGGGAUGCCUUCAAACAACGUGUACCCACAAAUGAUGUCGCCGAUGAACGCAAACUCAUUAGGGAUUGGUUAGAUGGUUUGGUUGAUGAUGAUUGGAAGAGAGAAGUCACACUGGGACGCCUUGAGAAUGUAGCUGUGACCAAGAAACUUCUGCCAUUAAAGCGAUAUCUCAUACAAGCUGUGUCUGAAUUCGAAAGGGUUCAAAAAAACUCCUACAGUGAGGCUGAUGGAAUAGCAUCAUUUGUGAUGCCGUUGUUGCGCAAGUUCUAUCACAAACCAGACGAAGCAAGGCUUGCAUAGUACGUGUAGGGAAUCCUCAUCACUUAUUAGCUGCUUUUAUUCUUCCAGACUCAUACCCAAUACAUUAUAAAUUUUGCUAGCAC